AUGGAGGAUCCUGCCGUCCACAGUACUCAGGAUACACUAUCCCUCCUACCUAGCUUUGUGGAACCUGUACCAGAAGCCGUUAUAAACAGCCCAUCUCCGUCUCAGCAUACUUCUUCUACGCCACCGACGACUAUCAUUAAGGAUCCACCCCACCAUCGUACCAGGAGGCGGGAGACCGAUACAAGCCCGAUUGCACCAUUAGCUCUCCAGUCAGCGGGCAUUAGCACUGCGGCGAGAUCUAAGUCUGGGCCAUCCGUUACACGGAAAAGACGUCUACCCAAGUCUAAACUGGUGCUGUGUCAUCAUCCGACAGCUGACGCGGCUGCAGGAGUCAGUGAGCCCUCCAAGAACCACCCUGCUGGACAUCCCUCUAAACGUAGCCGUGAGCAGGCUAGUGAGGCAGUGACCGGGUCGGAGGAGGUCGAUGGGUUGCGGUCUAAGAUGCCCAAGUCCUCUACCGUCGAGGAUGAGAAGGAGAACUCCUCGUCUAGCAAUGUUAGUAGUGUUACGUGA